GAGGCAACUGAAGGAAAACACCCCUCGUCCUUCCAACUGUAUGGAGACUGCACAGUACAUGCAGGUGUGUGGCAGUGGGAGUCAGGCAGCGGAACGUGGGAAACUCCUCUGACAUUCCCAGGACUGAUACAUACUCCCUGCUUAGCCGGUCCUGGCUCAGAACGACCAUGAUCCUACAACGGUGGUGGCUGAUUGGGGCUGUAGCAUGCAUCUUUACAUGCAGCUCCGACCAGUCGCUUCUUCAGAAGAGACAGUGUACAUUCCAAGUGGGUCCUCGGAACCAGCAGUACAAAACCACCGGCAAUGUGAGUGGGUCGGUGCAGCUAUGCGAGAACACCCAAUGCUGCGUGGCCUAUUACGUGAUCAUUAAUGACCAACCAAAGCUUGACGUUCUCGCUUGUGAUCUUGUUGAAAAGUCCUGCCCAGAUGCAAUCUGCAGGGGACAAACGCGUUUCGACGGUCGUCUCCUUUGGUGUACGUGCAAAACAGACUUCUGCAAUAGCAACAUCACUUUGAUACCAGAGUUGGAAGCGCCGCAACCCCCUUACUUCAAUAUUAAAGAUCAAAUCAUGAAAGCCGGCGCAUUAAUUGUGCCGUUGCUUUUCCUGUGCUUCCUGCUGGUCAUUGCAGUCAAAUGUAGACACCUAUUUAAAAAGAGAGUGCCUCGCGACUGUUCCAGCCAAGCAACGGAAACCUCGGAGAUUGACAUUGCCGACAUUGAGCUACAGCAGAUUUUGGGCCAUGGGUAUUUUGCAACUGUUUGGCAGGGGAAAUACAAAGGAUCCGUUGUGGCAGUCAAAGUUUUCCCUGCAAGCCGGAAACAUAAGUUUACUGCAGAGAAGGAGGUCUAUGAGCUACCACUGAUGAAUCACGCUGGGAUUGUCCCCUUUCUAGGCUCCGGGAGUAAACCGGAUGGAGGCGGAUGGCUCAUUGUCCUGCAAUUUGUUGAAAGCGGUUCUCUCCACUCCUAUCUGUGUAAACACAGCCCCAACUGGAUGUUGACACUGAAGUUGUGCCAGUCUUUAUCGCAGGGACUUGCCUAUCUGCACUCUGACCUUCACAAACCUGAUGGGCAUAAACCUCCUGUGGCCCACAGAGAUCUCACCAGCUCCAACGUGCUCGUGACAGCAGAUGGUACGUGUGUCCUGUGUGAUUUUGGAUGCUCAACCAUCGUGCCUUGUUGUCCGGGAAAUCGCAGCUCGCGGAGCCAAACAACAAUCAUGGAGGGCCCUGCUCAGGUGGGCACGCUGCCCUACAUGCCCCCUGAGAUCCUGGAAGGCACAGUAGACCUAAACAGCAGCUGGUGUCUCAUACAGGCGGACAUCUAUGCUCUCGCACUGCUGCUGUGGGAAAUCUUAAUGCGCUGCUCUGAUUUAUUUGAAGGCGGUGUUGCUCCGCAGCAUCUGUUGCCUUACGAGUCUGAGCUGGGAGUCGUGACGCUGGACAGCCUCAUACAAUUUGUGUGUCACAUGGACGAGAGACCCGCCGUUCCAAGACAUUGGGAACUGCUGCCACAGGGACCUGUGCUGCAAGAGCUCCUGACAGAUUGUUGGGACUGUGAAGCGGAUGCUCGACUGAGUGCUGCAUGUGUCAUGGAAAGAUUAGCAGCUCUUCAGACUUUGUGACUUUUUUCUUCCUUUUUUGGGGAGGGGGUUGCAUUGUGUUCUUUGUGUCACCGCUUUUCAGUAUAUAUCAAUUUUAAAGCAGCCCCUUAUUAAAGAGUGUCUUGUUCCUUUCAUUAUUCAUAUUCUAGGCUUGGACAUAAUGGGAAUUAUUGUUUCUUUAAAAGGACAAAUAAAAAGUUAUUUGUGUACUCUGAGCAAUAGGAUUUUUUUUCCCUACUAUUAUGUAACUAUGAUACAUGAUUGUGUUUUUUUUAUUUAGAUAAUAGUUUUUACAUAUUAGACUUUUUGACAUUUCAUAGUAGAAAAAUCUUGGUGUGGUAAGGUAAAUGAUCAUUAAGACACUAGUAUCAAUAUGUCUUCUUGUUUGGGGGACUGAAAAUGUUUUUGACAUGACAAAGUAUCAAGCACAAUAAUGGCAUACUUGAAUUAAACAGAACUGUUGGUCUUAUUAGAAGCACAUGCUUACAUUGAAGUUUUUGUCUGUUGUAAAAAAAAAACAGGCCCUUGCCUCAAACUCUGAAGCUUGUAUUUAAAUCAAACAUAGCCGUAAAGAAUAUUGUUAAUUUUUUUUAUUCUAGUUGUCUCGUGUUACAGGAAUUUGUUCAGGGGAUUGGUGCUGUAACAAUAAACCUAUCCUGAUUCUGA